GUCAUUCUGUAUCAGGGUGGACAGAUGUUUGAUGGUGCCCCUCAGUUCCACGGCAGGGUAGGAUUUGCAGGCACCAUGCCAGCCACCAAUGUCUCUAUCUUCAUUAACAACACUCAGCUAUCAGACACUGGCACCUACCAGUGUUUGGUUAACAACCUUCCGGAUAGAGGGGGCAGAAACAUUGGGGUCACCGGUCUCACAGUCUUAGUUCCCCCUUCUGCCCCUCACUGCCAAAUCCAAGGAUCCCAGGAUGUGGGCAGCGAUGUCAUCCUGCUCUGCAGCUCUGAGGAAGGCAUUCCUCGACCAACUUACCUUUGGGAGAAGUUAGACAAUACCUUCAAACUACCUCCAACAGCCACUCAGG